AAACAGCAGGGAUACACAAACAGCAACAACGGCAGUGGCAAUAUCCAUCAAGUUACAAUACCCAGUUCGAACCACCUGCUGACAAGUGAAGAAUCCUUACAUCCCUCACCCACAGUGACAAUUACGAGUUCGCUGAGUAAAAAGGAAAAUAGUCUUGUGGGUCCAGCCGAGGCACUUACCCCCGCUCAAUUACUACAAACAACCCCAAAAGUGUCAUGUUGUAGCUUGGUUGCGACGACCUCGACGACAUCAUCAUCAUCGGCAUGUUCUGAUUUACAACGUGAUAGCUGGUUUCAUACGCAUCAUCACCAUUCACACCCGCACCACCAUCAUCACCACCAUCACCAUCAUCCGCAGCUGGAAGAUCUCGUUUAUCCAGGACAAUCUCACCAUCAUCCCUGCAAAUUCGGAUUAGAAUCCUCCGAAGGCUAUUUAAACUCAAGGUAUAAUGCUAACGUCAAAGGAGUUCGUAAUGAAAGAACAUCAUCUUUUUUCGACAUACCUGCUGUGACGCAUCCCUAUUGCUACAGAUUCCCAUCAGCAACUCCAACUGGGAUGUUAAAGAAGACCGAUGAUGGUACCAAUUUGGAUGUGUCCUUCGGAAGCAACUCCCCCACAUCACUGUCAAUGUCCCACCAUUUCCAUCAUCAUACAAAAAUUGAACAUCCUGAUUCAACUACAGCGACGACAACUGUAGCGACGUCAGUUAACAACAAUUUGAACUCCUUACAUCCUUCUGCCCAUCUGACAACCGCGAAUGCCGCCGCCGCCAAAUCGUCUGAAAAUAGUUACCCGUCCUACAAUAGCGGAUAUAAUAUUCAACGAGUUGGCGAAUCCUCGACUGUGAGUUCGUCUGAAAAUGAAAUUAAAUAUGAAAACGCCUACAACCCUUCUGCGUAUACAUUGCGUCCAGUCGAGUCUUCCCUCGUCAGCUCCACAGAGUCCGAGAUAAAAUUCGAAAAUCUAUAUACAAGCUGUAAUCCAAUAUCGGGUAAUACAAUCAACCAACGACGUGGUUCCCUGCAAUUGUGGCAGUUCCUAGUUGCAUUAUUGGAUGAACCUUCAACCAGUUCUAGUUGCAUUGCAUGGACUGGACGAGGAAUGGAGUUUAAGCUAAUUGAACCGGAAGAGGUUGCCCGUCGAUGGGGAAUACAAAAGAAUCGACCAGCCAUGAAUUAUGACAAGUUGUCCCGCAGUCUACGAUAUUACUACGAGAAGGGAAUAAUGCAAAAAGUCAACGGAGAACGAUAUGUUUAUAGAUUUGUCUGUGAUCCUGAGGCAUUGUUUAACAUGGCUUACGGGCAUCUUAAUGCGAAGGGACAGUGCGAGAGUCAUUUUAUGACUGCCGCUGGUGUGAAGUCAUCAGCCAAUUCUCUGGAUCACAUGCAUUUGGGCAGGGAGCUCGAACAUUCGGAUGUUAAGUCAGUGGAGUCUCUUUAUUAUGGAGAGACUUUGCAAAAUAAGUACUAGAUUUGUAAUGAAAUGUAAUAGAUUUUGUGAAAAUGAUAAGUUUUAUAAAAGAAGAAAGGACGCAGUUGGAAAUAAAUGUUAGUGUUAAUUUUAA